GUACCAAUAUCUUUGUGUUAAAAUAAUAAUAAUAAUAACUUACAUCAAUUGUGUCUUAGUCGAGACAUUCGCUCUCCAACUUAAAGGUUUGUAUACCGCCAAAUAGUCGCUUUCCUCUUGCUUUAUCACUUCAGAACUUUCGUAGGUUACUAUUAUUUAAUCAUAGACCCCUUUGAAGCAUUACUCAUGAAUGUUGGGAUCAUCGAGUGGGCGAUUCUGAGGUUAAACUCCAAGUACAAGGUAAAUGAUGGCAAAUCGGCUGACAAGACAGCGAAUCUUCAACCGAGGUAUCUGAAGCAUAUAUUAUGUAUGUCCAACUAUUACCUACCUCGAAAGGCGAUGAUGGCUGAUAUAUGCAUGUGUUGGAAGAAAAUUAGAGGCGGCCAAACUAAAACAAGCCAUCAGUCCACGAAGUUAUUAACUUUUGGACUGAGAUGUAUGAAUGUGUACAAACUACCUGGUUGGUUUCCGAAUGAUUAUCGUAACUAACGGUUGUACACCCUGAAUUGCAUUGGCAAGAAUCGUACGCAGUGGUGUAGACGUAGUCAUUCUCUCUUCCUUUGGAUCUCACGUUUCUCAAUUAUCUGAGAAAAUUUUCGUUUUAUUGCAUGAAUCCAUAUUCUAUCCUCGACUCAUAUGUCGUAUAUGUUUUCUCUUCUACUAUCAGUAAUACUGUUAUUACUUAUACUACUCUGGUAUCUCGCUUUCCCUAUACGAUAUGGCAACUUGAACCGGUGCAUAUAUGUUACAGGUCCUACGUUGUAUAUGACUGACUGAUUAGUUGAAGGACAGGAAAUAUUUAAUAUACUAAGUCACGAAGCGUCAGAAUUACAAUUUUUCUAUUCAUUAGGAUAUAACAAAACAUAUCUUUAUUAUCAAAUCUCCAUCCAAUGCUCAAUUUAUUUGAAAACAUAAUAUGCUAGUUUUCUGUUGUUUGUAGACCAUAUUCAAAUUUCUCUUACUAAGCUUAUAGUGUGCAAAAAACUUUUAAAAGGAUCAAACAUGUAUUAUUACAUUCUUUCGUCGUUUGGGAUGUAAAUUUUGCCGACUAGAAGCUAAAAAUUUGAGUCAUUUAAAACCUGCUUUGGAUGCACGCAAUAUUAAAUUAAUGGGAAUUACAUUCGAUGAAGGUGGUGUAAAAGAAUUUGUAGAUGGACACUAUUUUGAUGGAGAUCUUUAUUUAGAUCCUGAACGUAAGACAUAUAAAGCUUUAGAAUAUAAAAAGGUCUCCGCCUGUUCUGGUUUCUGUUCUUUACUGACGAAAGCUGGCCGUUCUUUAAAUUCAAAGGCAAAGGCUGCUAAUAUACCUGGUAAUAUGACUGGCGAUGGUUGGCAGACUGGUGGACUUCUUGUGGUUGAAAAAGGUGGUAAAGUUCUCUAUCAUUUUGAACAGAAAGAAGUUGUAAAUCAUCCUGAUUAUAAGCAAAUUAUUGAUGUUUUGAAAAUUAAUCCUAAAGAUGUACCAGAAUUCGCUACUGUUUUAUCACAAGAAUGUGAUGAUGCUUGUAAAAUGUGAAUGUAGUCUGAUAUUUGAAACUAUUCAGUGAAGAAGUAAUGCUCAUUAUGUGAAGUUCAACUUCCUAAUCUUUUUCUUUAAAAAAAAGUUUUUUUUUUGGUUUAUAGUACUUUUUUGUUUGUUAUAGUGAGUUUUAUUCCAUCCUAUUGAACUUUUAUGGAUGUAAUAGUUAUCUUAUAUUGAAAAUUGUAUUAAAUUGUAUGUUUUAAUUAGACUCUAUGUUAUA